AUGGAAUCUUUGGAAGCUGAUCUCGAAGCUCUUAAGAAAGAUAAUAGCAGUACAAAAGAAAUGCUACAAUAACCCACCCAACAACUAGCAACCUUGAUGGCAUGUCUACCAAAUGGACCUCCACCAGAGCAGUCUCAAAGACAACCAGAACAACACUCACUUCAAAAUCCGGAGCAAAGGAAGAGCAAUUACAAGCCCAAUUGCCGAACUGAGCUUCCAAAUUUCACUAGCAAUAAUCUUGAUGUAUGGUUACUACGGGCUGAGAGGUAUUUUCGUAUUAACCAAAUACUAAAACAUGAUCAUUUAGAAACAAUAAUGUUGAGCAUGGAGGGUGAUGCCCUAGAUUGGUAUUUGUGGAUGGAACAUCGCUUUCUAUUUCGUGAUUGAUAUGAUUUGGUCGUUUAAUCAAACACCAGAACAUGAUCGUUUAAAAUCUAACUUAGUGGUCAAUUUGGUUCAUUAGUAGCUAACAACAUGUAUUAGAAACUUUUGAACCUAAAACAAGAGAGUUCCACAUUAGAAUAUACGAUAGAGUUUGAACCAAUCUCAACCUAUCUUCUAAACAUACCAACAGAAAUACUAGAGCAUACAUAUCUAAAAAGACUCAAGCCUGAAAUCCAAUCAGGAUUAUCUAUGUCCAAGCCUAUUGGGUUAUGUGAAAUUAUGGUACUUCAGUACAAGCUAAAGCUCAUAUCUGUACUCUAUGGUAAGCAUGAAAGUAGGAACCACGACCACCCAAACAUGUUAUAAUUGCUUAUACCCCACACCACAAAGGCCUCCUUUGAUAUCUAAUUUCAGAAAUGAGCAAUUGAAUUUGGAGAAAACCCAAGUGACCACAGCUAGUGCCUCAAAUAAAGGUGGGAUGUCCACAUAUACUUCACAAAUUAUGAGCAAUAACAAGGGAAACAGAAGACAAAUUCAAUUGACAAAAAUUGAACUACAAGAAAGAAGAAACAAAGGAUUGUGUUUUUAUUGUAAUGAUAGGUUUGGGCCAAGCCACAUAUGUAGGCGGAACCUUAAUAUACUCAUUGUCCAAGAGGAGGAGCAGUCCCAAGAAGAGUUCCAAGAGGAAGAUUGGGCUCCACUAAAAUGUCGCUCACAAGAGGAAGAUACUUUAUUCGUAGCCCAUGUCUCAUUAAACUCUAUUAGGGGAUUGACUUAGCAUGAAACUAUGAAGGUAAAAGACAUCAUGCAUAAUCAAUAGGUAACCAUUCUUAUAGAUACUGGUGCUACCCAUAAUUUCAUAUGCAAUAAGUUGCAGGAAGAGCUAUCUUUAUCUAUCAGCAAAUUCCACAGUUAUGGUAUUGUGAUGGGCAACUAGCAUACCGUGCAAGAUCAUAGGAGAUGUCAUAACAUUCCACUCAAAAUCCAAGAUCUCCUCAUUAUUCAAGAUUGUCUUCCCUUGGAUUUAAGUAGCACAAGUGUCGUAUUGAGAAUGUAGUGACUUAAAACAUUGAUGGAUACAUUCAUAUUAUGGGAAACUAAUCAUGAAAUUUAUGCUCAACAACACGAUCUACACCAUUCGUGGGGAUGCAAGUUUAAACAAAACAACAAUAUCUUUCAAAGCAACAAAACAUGAAUUAAAAAGAAGCCACAUAUGUGUAGUAGAAUUACACCAAUUGUCUAGUACUGCAUUGAAUUUAAACGCCUCACUGGAACAAUUAGAGAUAGUAGGUAGACUACAAAAACAAUUCCCAUAGGUCUUUGAAGCCCUGUUAGGGCUUCCUCCAGAAAGAAUAGAUGAUCAUGCCAUCAAUUUAUUACCAAGUACUCAGCUUAUUAAUCUACAACCAUAUAAGUAUACACGAUUUCAAAAGGAUGAAAUAGAACAACUUGUCCAUGAGUUAUGUACUGCAGACAUCAUUCAACCCUCUAAAAGUCUAUUUGCUAGCCCCAAACUACUUGUAAAAAAAAGGAUGGCAGUUGCAAUUUUGUAUUGAUUAUAAGGCCUUAAAUAAAUCCACAAAUCUAAACAGGUUCCCUAUUCCUAUUGUCGAUGAGUUACUGGAAGAGUUGCAUGGAAUGUCAAUUUUUUCUAAACUAGAUUUAAAGUCUGAUUACUAUCAAAUCCAUAUGAAGCAAGAAGACAUUUAGAAAACCACUUUCAAGACCCAUGAAGGCCACUAGGAAUUCAAGGUUAUGUCAUUUGGGCUCAUUAAUGCCCCAACCACAUUUCAGUACUUAAUGAAUGAUAUAUUCAGACCUUAUCAAUGGAAAUUCAUAUUGAUAUUUUUUGAUAAUAUCUUGGUAUACAAUAAGACUCAUAAAGAAUAUGAUGAACAUUUGGAUAAUGUCUUCCUUAUUCUUGCAGCUAAUAGCCUUUAUAUCAAUGAAAAAAAAUGUCAAUUCAAGCAAUCUCAAUUGGAAUACCUUAGUAAUUGGGUUUCUACAAAAGGAGUAUCUACAGAUCAAGGAAAAUUUUCAACAAUUUGGGACUGGUCUAGUCCUAAGAAUUUGAAAGAAUUACAAGGAUUCUUAAGACUAAUAACUGUCUAUGAUUGCCGGAUUUGUCAAAUGUUAUGCCACUUUAUCAUGGCCCUUGAUUAAAUUGCUCAAGAAGUUUUCCAUAAAUUGAAGGUGGCGAUGACUUCCACACCAGUUUUGGCCCUACUUAAUUUCUCUUAGAAAUUUGUUGUUGAAAUAGAUGCUUCAAAGCACGACAUAGGUGCAUUAUUGAUGUAGGAAGGAUGACCAAUAGCUUAUUUCAGCCAUGCUUUCAAGGAACACUCUCGUCUAAAGUUUACCUAUGAGAGAUAACUCAUCGCCAUUGUGAUGGUAGUCAAAAAGUGAAAGCAUUAUCUCAUGCUCCACCCUUUCAUUAUUCAAACAAACCAAUAUAAUUUGAAAUUCUUGUUCGACCAAAAGGAGAUUCACUCAAAAUAUCACAAAUGGCUCACUACACUAAUGAGAUUUAAUUUUCAAAUACAAUAUAAAUAAGGCAAGAAAAAUGUAACUAUAGAUGCAUUAUCUAGAGCACCACGAUUGACCGAGGUAGUGGUGGCACCCAUGUGCAUUGCACAAGGAGUGGAUGUAACCACAAUCAACAAAGAGGUGGAAGAUGACUCACAACUAUCUAAAAUCAAAAUUGCACUCAUAUAAGGCUCAACUUCUUUCUCACAUUACUCAAUUCAACAAGGAUCCCUUCUCUACAAAGGCAGGCUGGUGCUAUCCCUUACAUCUACUCUUCUAUCCACAUUAUGACGUGAAUUUCAUGACAGCCCACUGGGGGGUCAUGCUUAAUUUUUAAAAACCUAUCGACGAAUUGCUCAACAUGUCUAUGGGCCUACCAUGAAGAAAAUGAUCAAACAGAAUAUUAAUGAAUGCAUUAUCUAUCAAUUAAAUAAGGUUUCAACCUUGUCACAAUAGGAUUUUUGUAGCCCCUACUUAUUCCGAAUAUGAUCUGGACCUCUCCAUGGAUUUUAUAGAGGGUCUACCUAAAUCGAAAGGCUAUGACUCCAUUCUCGUCAUAGUGGACAGACUCAACAAAUUUGGUCACUUUAUACCCCUUAGACAUACAUUCACAGCCAAACAUUGCCCAAAUCUUUGCAACGGAAGUCAUCAAGCUGCAUGGCAUUCCAAGAUCUAUUGUGAUUGAUAGAGGGACCAUAUUUACCAGUGCUUUUUAGAAAGCACUCAACAAACAUCAAGGCACAGAAUUAAAAAUGAGUUCUUCUUAUCACCCCAAACAUAUGGGCAAAUAGAGGUGGCGAACUGAAGCUUAGAGAAUUAUCUCUAAUGCUUUACUGAUGAUAAACCUAAGUUAUGGAGUGACUGGUUACAUUGGGCUGUUAGCUACUUCACAUCAUUCUGUUAUCAAGAUGACCCCUUUUAAAGCAAUGUAUGGAUGGGACCCUCCCACACUUACACGUUAUGGAUCUCCUAUGUCACCAAUUGAUGUAGUCGACACUUAUCUAAAAGAAAGAGAUGAUAUACUUCAACCUCUCAAGAAACAUCUCUUGGCUGCACAGUCCAAGAUGAAAGCACAAGCUAACAAACAUUGACAAGACAAAGAGUUUAAAGUGAGAGAUUUGGCUUAUAUCAGGUUCUAACCUUAUCGUAUGAAAUCAUUAGCCAAGAAAGCUAAUGAAAAAUUGAGUCCCAUAUUUUUUUGGCCCUUACCCUAUCCAAGAGCACAUUGGUUAGGUGGCAUACAAAUUGAAACUUCUCAACUCCAUCACUAUUCACCCAAUUUUCCACAUUUCUCAACUUCACAAAGCACUAGGGAUUUUGCUUACUGUCAACCCAUAUUCUAGGCAUACUGACUAAUGCUUUGGAAUGGAAUGUGACCCCCCAAGAUAUCCUCGCCAUUCAGAAUUCCUCUUUUGACACAGAAGUCUUGGUCAAAUGGGUUGAUCUCCUUGAUUUUGAAGCUUCAUAGGAACUAGCUUCAUCCCUCCACAAGCAAUUUUCGGACUUCUACCUUGAAGACAAGGUAAAGCUCAUGGGGGAGAGUAUUGAUAAGGCUCCACGCACAUCUGCUAGAAGGAAGAAGGCCCAAAGCCCAAUAAGUCAAUAA